CGACGCCCUCCGCUGAGGGAGGGGCGCGAGGGCGAUGCUCGUUGCCGUCGCCGCCGCCGCCGCCUGAGCGUGCCCGUCCCGCCCCGCGGUGGUGGGCAUGGGGCUGGGCUCCAGCUCCCAGGUCCCCGACGGCGGCGCCGAGGGCUUCCACGUACACGGGGUUCAAGAAAACUCCCCAGCUCAACAAGGAGGACUGGAACCUUUCUUUGAUUUCAUCAUUGCCAUAGGACACACUAGGCUUAAUAAAGAAAACAACAUGUUGAAAGAUCUGCUGAAGGCAAAUGCUGAAAAAGCAGUGAAGCUGGAGGUGUAUAAUAUCAAAACAAUGAAAAUAAGAGAGGUGGAGGUGAUACCCAGUAACAUGUGGGGAGGACAAGGUCUUCUUGGAGCCAGCGUGAGGUUCUGCAGUUUCCAGGGAGCCAAUGAACAUGUGUGGCAUGUUUUGGAUGUUGAACCUGCAUCUCCUGCAGCUCUAGCUGGUCUCCAGCCAUACACUGACUACAUUGUUGGAUCUGAUCAGAUUCUUCAGGAGUCAGAGGAUUUCUUUUCACUGAUUGAAUCCCAUGAGGGGAAGCCGCUGAAGCUAAUGGUUUAUAACACUGAAGCAGAUUCCAUUCGAGAGGUAGUUGUGACUCCCAAUGGAGCCUGGGGUGGAGAAGGAAGUUUAGGAUGUGGUAUUGGAUAUGGCUAUUUGCACAGAAUUCCAACACAGUCUAUAAUAUCGAAGAAGAAGCCAGAAAGCAAACCACCUUCACCCCUACCAGAAGCUGGAACUCCUGUACCAUCUGCUAAUGGUUACACAGAGACUCCAUUAUUGGCACCUACUUCUCAGAGUGACAACUCUGAAAUAGUUAUGAACUUGGAUCGUUCCACAGAUCAAGAAAUGAGUGGUUAUUCACCAGAAAGCUCCCUUUCUCCUCCUCCUCCUCUCCAGAGAGUUAUGGAUCCAGGAUUUCUAGAUAUGUCUGGUAUUUCAUUUCCUGAACUCACUAACUUCACAAAAGUAUCCAACAUGUCUUCCUCUGCCUCCUUCAACAUGCCAGCAGCAGAUGCUUUAGUAGGCACUGAAAAGUUAAUGUUGAACAAUGACGCUCCUGCUUAUUUUGAAAAUGCCACAGCUUUGGGCCCUGAAGAUGUAACCAUGCAUUCUGAAGGCUCAGUCAAGCAGCCUGAGUUGGACGACCUACUGCCUUCAAUUCCAUCUUUACCUUCUUUUGCUCUUCCUAAUGAAAUUUCUUCAAAAACAACACUAGGAACUGAUCCCAAUAACCAAGAAACAAAGCUGCUCUUAAACAGUAUUGAGAGCUCAUUAACCACUACUCCGGUGAAACCAGAUGAUGAAGCAGCAUGUGAACAGAAAGAAGCAGCAGCUGCACAAGAUCGUGAGUGAAAUGGAUGCUGCUUUUGUUUACAGACCGCCGUAUGGUAUAAUACUACAGCUUGGAAUAUUUUUCUGAUCUUGAAAGAAUUACAGUUACUCUAUUUUGUUAGUGUAGACAAUAUUAUAAAAGAAAUCAUAUGAAAUACAUAUCCUAUUGUCUUUUCCAGUCACGGUUUAAUGGAUUGAUCUGUGUUCAAACUUUGAAUGCUGUCCAAAAUCACCAAAUUAAUGGACAAAUUAAUGCAGAAACAAGUUGGAGACUGGCAAAAUGUCAAGUUCCUGAAUUCACGUUUGCCUACAACUGCUCCUGAAUGUAUUUAUGAAGGCACUCUGCCUGAACAGUGAUGCUUAAUGAUGAAUUUCUCAGUAUGAUUGAUGGCAUUAAAAAAAAAAAAAUAAUUAUGGUUUUGACUUGUUAGAAAGCUUUUCUAAUGGUACACCUCAAUUAGACAGUUCUUGUGACUUUCAAGGCAUUUCCUACCCCAAGAUGUCUUUAUUUCUACUUACUACUCUGCCAACUGUUAUUUUUCUUGGUUUAGAGUCCUUUCUCUGUAACAGUUAUUCAUGUACCUUCUCUACAACUACUUUUGCAGGAAAGGAAGUACCACAUGGUUUGAAGUUGCAGCAUAUAGAUAGGACAAAAUCAUGUUGGUGGGUCCUGUCAUUUACUUCAGCUCUUCAGUGGAUGAGGGCGUCAUCUCACAGUUUGUUGUUUUUUUUUUUUUUUCUUUAAAAAAAAGAGGGGGGGAAUUAUGAUGGUUAUUUGAAACAAACUGAAGUCAAAGAUGAUUUUAGGUCAGGCCCAUGUGUUUUCAGGGUGAUUUAACCUUUACAGUGGAGCUGAAUAUGUCUUGGUUUCUGUAGUGAUGGAGAAAUAGCUUUUCUUCAGUUGUGCUUUUCUAUUUAUCCAUUUCUAUUUUUAUACAAAUCAUUUGUAAGUUUAAGACAUGGGGAUGGAACAUGUUAGUGCAGCAAUAUCUGUUGCUUUUUGUAGCUUUUUUGUUUUGUUUGCACUUGUCUUCAAAUAACUUCUGAAUGUAACAGCGAACAUGAAAUGAACAAUGAAAGAAAUGUGGGUGUGUUUAUACCUCUCAGGGCAGUGAUUUAUCAUGGAAUUUUAAGGCUACUGCUUGGGAAUAACUUCACUAUAACUGGUACAGUUAGUGUGGUGAAAAUCCUUCAUAGAUUAAGAGAAUGGGGUACAAGGUUAGGUGUGUGUUUAAGCUAUAAACUAGACUAUACUUCUUUAGUACAACAUCGUCCGAUUUCCUUCUCUCUGCCCCGUCUCCUGAUCCGUUUCUACAUUGUGCGCUAUGGAGAUCAGUAAGCGAAAUGACUGACUAGGCUGAAAUCUACUAACAAUGCAGGAUGGGCAGUCUGGGUCACACGGCUGUGCCUGUGACAGCUCAGCUGCAGCAAAAGGGUGCAGGCGAAGUUGCAAAGCAAGAGAGGUCUUUCGAUGAGUACACCCUUAGAUAAAAUCUGUCCUUUGUAUUCCUUUGUCUCUGUUAGUCUGAAAUACUGUUUUCACAUAAAAUACAGUGGCUCUGAAUAGGAUGGUCAAAAUAUCUUUUGCUUUAAAGAAGAAUGCAUUAAGCCCUUAACUGCAGGUAGUAGAAUUAAGAGUUUUGAAAUCUAGUCUGCUAAAUAGUCUGUUAAUAGUGAACAGAUUUUCCUCUCGUAUUGCUAAAAUAAAUUUCCUUUUUUCUUCCCCCCACUGACUGCUACAAGCGUGAACAGCCAAACACUAAAAAUAAAUGUAAUUUAAGCUAUUGGUAAGUUUGUUUGGUCUUAGAGCCUAAUGACUGAAAACAUCUAGGUGAUCUGUUUGGUUUUUUGUUCUUUAUUUAGGACUGUUUCUAAUCUUACACCUUUGUCAAAACUGUUUUUCAGCUGGUAGUAGCUCAUUUAGGUGAUGCUGUACCGUAAGCACCCUUUAGAAAUUUAAGAGCAGGGAAUGUCAAAACUGAUACUAAAUUUCAGAUGUCACAGUAAUAAAUGGCUUAACACUUA